ACCAAGCCUACUUUUCACUUACAUAACCCUACAUAUGUUUAAGAAAGAGUCAGAAAUAAAGGGCUUUGAGACCAUAUCCGUAUCCUUCUUGUUUAAAGAAGCCCGUGGGUGCAGGUUAGUUACAUUUUAUGUUGUGUUUGAACACCAAAACCUCGACCAAAACAUUUGUCUUCAACCGAGGCCCCUUUUUGGAAUGCCAUUUCAGUUGUAAGGCAUUGCACUUAUGGAGCCGGUAACAGUUAAGAUAGAACAAGAGCAAGAAGAGGAAAUAAAUUUGUCACUCGGCGGAAAUAUUUUUAUAAGCAAUGAUGUUUGUGUAAAAGAAGAACCUGUUGCCGUUGCAUCUGGAACAGAAUACUGUAGCGAUGAGUACGACUUGAAAGAAGCGCAAAAACAAAAGGUUUUUUGGUCAAAUAUUAAAAUUCAAAAUGUGAAGUUCAAAUGUGAAAUAGCAGAUAAAAAGUUUAAAUGUGACCUUUGUGAUUAUGCAACAAAUCAUAAUUACAAGUUAGAAGAUCAUUUUUCAACCCAUUUUAAUUGUGGGAUUUGUCAUUAUGCAGCAAACAGUGAAACCAGUUUGAAAAGACAUUAUCUAACACAUGCCGCUUAUGUUUUUAAAUGUGAUAUUUGUGAUUUUGUCACAAAGUACGAACACUGUUUGAGAAAACACCUUUCAACACACAUAGAUUUUAAAUGUGACCUUUGUGAUUAUUCAACAAAAGAGAAAGAGGAUUUCAAACAGCAUCUCCUAACGCACAAAAUUUGUGAAGAAUUUAGAUGUGCAAAUUGUAAUUUUGAAACAAAGUCUAAAGAUGCUUUGAAACAGCAUCUCUUAAAUCACAAAAAAUUUAGAUGCGGUAUAUGUAAUUAUGAAACAAAUAUUAUUUGCAAUUUUAACCAACAUUUCUUAAAAUACAAAUUUAAAUGUGACGCGAAGAACAAAAUUGAAAAGUUUAAGUGUGCAAAUUGUGAUUAUGAAACAUAUAUAAAAGCGCAAUUUAAAGUACAUCUCGUAAGGCACAAACUUUUUAAAGAAUUCAGAUGUGCACAUUGUAAUUUUGAAACAAAGUACAAAAGUGGUUUGAAAUUUCAUCUCUUGAGACACAAAACUUUUAUGGAUUUUAGAUGUGGUGUGUGUAAUUAUGGAACAAAUAUUAGUCGACACUUUAAAAAACAUCUCUUAAUACACAAAGUUAACAUUUCUAAAGACUUUAAGUGUGCACUAUGUGAUUAUGCAACAAACUUUAAAAGUUCUUUGAAAUACCAUCAAUUACAACACAAAGAUGUCAAAGAUUUUAGAUGUGCACAUUGUGAUUACGCAUCACAUUAUAAGUUUAGCUUGAAACAUCAUCUCUUGAAGAUACACAAUUUUAAAGGUUUUAGAUGUGCAAAUUGUGAUUAUGCAACGAACGUUAGGAAAAAUUUCAAACACCAUCUCUUAAAACACAAGAUUAAAGAUUAAAUGUGACAUUGGGCAUUUUGUAAUUGCUAAUCUUACACUUGAACCUAUGUCAAAUGUAACUCAAACGAUUGAAAAACGUGAUUGGUCAUUUCACUGCCAUUGAUGAAAUGGGACACAGUUUACUUAAUUAUUAGGCAUCGAUAGAUCGAAGUGUUAGGUUAGAUAGGGAUGAUAAUGAUAUAAUUAGGAUAAUUUUUGUGCUAAUCCCAUUUCGCUAAUUGCGUAUACGGAUUUCCACAUACAAAUGUAGGUGGGACAAUAACACGCAGCCAUACUGUAUAUAGAGAUGUAAAUAUAGACGCUGUAACUAAUA